UCUGGCUAACUUGUUAUGUGGCUGGUGGUGGGUUAUGUGAGUAUUUAACGUCAUGCUUUGACCGUACGGCUCUGCUUCUGGUUGGUGGUGGAAUAGAUAAAUGAGUGAAUAUAGAACGACUUCCGCACUGCACGUUCAUAGUGAAGCUUACCACGUUCUUUCCAUGUUGUGUGUACUUGUACUUUCAGUUUCAUCUUCCUUGUUUGUAUUUUUAUUUUAUUUUCAUCUUUAUUACUUGUGGAUGGUGGUGGUCGUGUUUAUUACUACUUUUAUAUAUAAAUAGAUACUUUCAUUUUCCUUUGGUUUUGACUACUCACGUAAAUUAUGGCUGGUGGUGGAUAUUAUGAAUCUGACUAUAUGGAUUCUACGUGGCUGGCGGUGGCUAUAUAAGUGAGUAAGGAUCAGCCAUUUUGUUACCUGUGUAAUGCCUAUCGAUCGGCUUUCCCCUUUGUGUGAAAAGUUUGUUUCAUAUUAUACCUGACAUUUGCGUGCACCUCUCGAAAACUCCUCCAUGGUAUUCAUAUGACGGCGAUAACCAUGAUAAAUUCCUUUAGGCAGCAGAGGAUUGAAGCUACUUUUGUCCAAACGAGGCGUAAAAAUGAUUGACCUUGUUUUCGGCUUUCUGGUCGUUGAUGAGAGCGAGAAUGUCAUUAGAAGAAUGGAUGAGAGCGAUCGUAUAACGUUCGUCGAGUUGCGUUUUUGUGUUAGUUGUUCUUUGUGUCGAAAAGGUAGUCAAGCGAAGUUCUUUGUGUCGAAAAGGUAGUCACUUCUCAGCUUGUAGACGUUCUUACUUAGGGCUCGGGUCUGUCGUUUGCUUGGCGCCGUGGUCCGACAUAUCCAAGAUUAAGAUUAGUUUGGUUUCAUAUCCAGAGAUAGGGGACAAGUACUACAUCGCGCAGGUUGUAUAUGGAUGUGGUUUGCACCAGAUACUUACCUCUCAUGUCACGUGAGGCUUACGGACUCGUGGUAGAGUACCGGGCUAACGCUCCAGAACUUAGAAACACGCAUAAAGGUAUAGUGGAUGGUGGUGAGGAGCACGAGAAGUACGGCUAGACAUGUGCAUGGGAUUGUAACACUGAAAGAAAUCUGGAUAGGCCAACUUAUUUGCAACAAGAAAACGAUCAAGGUUUCCGCAUUGCUUAAUCAUACACUAAAGCAGGAUUGAUGCUCAUCUGCCUUCGCUGUAGCAGUAGCGGUUGGCUCUACUUCAGAUAUGGGCUUGC